CAAAGAUCUGAGAUCUGGCAACUGAGGUUUUGAUCUGGAUAUCAAGGGACUUGCGUUUACAUCUUGACUAACAUGUCGGAUCAAACUCUUUUGAGCAGUCUCUGCAGCGUCUGCAACAACAAAGAGUCCAAGUACAAAUGCCCAGGUUGUUCUGCACGCACAUGUUCGCUGCCCUGCGUCAAGCGUCAUAAGCAAUGGGCACAAUGCUCGGGCAAACGAGACCCUACGAAGUAUGUAAAGAAGUCCCAACUGGCUACACCGGCAGGUGUCGAUCAUGACUACAACUUCCUAUCUGGUAUUGAGCGUGAUCUCGAGAAGUCAGAGAAGUCCGUGACAGAGAAGGGUCUCGACAUCGGUCUCACCGCUAGGCCCAAGGGCGACCAGACUCAGGCAAUGAACUAUCACUUUGCAACCGCCGGCGUCAAGGUAAUUCGGGCACCCAAAGGGAUGAGUAGGGCGAAAGAGAACAAGACACAUCGGUCAAAGUCAGGUAAUAAGAACCUCAUCUGGACAGUAGAGUGGAUUGGAGAAGAUAAGAGCCGGACACUCACGCAGAGUCCUGCUGUAGAACUGAUCUACAGGUUGCAUCCUCUCUAUGAGAGCCCAUUGGCGAAGAAGAAAAGAAAGAGAGAGGCCGAGGCACAUUCAACCACACGAUCUGGACCGCCUCAGGUCGCUGCAGAGCCUACAGCAAGAAAGGUCACGUCGCCACAGACUGAACCGAUCGCGAAUUUACAAAAGCCACUGCCUUCGACAUCGACACCCUCAGCGACAACGGAAGAGGUUGCUAGGAGCAAAGAAGCCGAGGCUCCACAGCCAGACACUGCGCAACCUGACGCGCCAAUGGACGUCUGGUAUGAUCUCUACCUCCUGCGGCCAAGGACGAGCUCGAGUCGACGUGUACUCAUCCCUCUGACAUCCUCCGAUACACUUGGCGAUGCCCUGCGAGGUUGUACAGUGGAAGAGUUCCCAACAAUAUACUACUUCCCUACUACAACGCGAGAGCUGCCUGUGGAGUUCAUGCUAGAUGAUGACUAUCGCAAAGAGGAGGGUGAACAGCAGAGAGAGUUCGAGGAGUUGAUGAAGGAUGUUGAUCCUGAGAUCCUGAGGAGACUCAGGAAUGAUGGGACAAGCAAGAAUGCCGAUGAAGAGGUGGAUAGCAAGAGAAUUCUUGAUGUGCUGAAGCAAGACCUGGGCGGCCUGUUUUGA